AUGAAAGCAAUUGUUGAAAAAGGAAAUAAAAAUCAUAAACAAUCAGAUUUAUUAGAUAUGGAAGAAAUUAAGUUUAUACUUGACUCAUCUGCAACAGCAACUGAUACUCCUAAAGAUAAUAGAGAAAUGCGACUAAAAUUAUCUACUGAAAAAAAUCAUGCUAGAGGAAUUAAAGAUCUAUAUGCUAAGACUGAAAUCAGUUUUAUACUACCAGAUACUGUAGGAAAUAAAUAUACACCAGUGGCAGAUAUUAAAAAAUAUUUGUCAAAAUGUCCAAAUAAUAUUGAAAAUGAUUAUUUUUUCAUUACAACUAAUACACCAAAAAAAAUUUAUCGAGAUGCUUAUUCAGUAUUGAAAGAUUCAAUAUCAACAUAUAAUAAUCAAUCUGAUAAGAUUGAUAUUAAA